UUAGCGUUUUUCAAUUUUCUAGGACACCUCCUAUUUAUAUAAAUACUAUUAUAAUUAUUGCGGAUGCGGUACGGAAAAGUCUACUUUUAUGAUCGUAUGGGAAAUCGAGAGCCGAGUGAAGCUGAUAAGAUAAGAGAAGCACUGGAUAACUUUGAAGCUCCACGAUUCCGUCCACCAGAUGAGCCGAGAAUGAUGAAGAAUUAUACAACACAAUUUUCACCUUUAGACACACCACCACCAAUGAAUGGAACCCCACCAAUUGCCGGGAUGCAUCAUUAUUUGACAGAUCCGGAUCCCAGUCGAGAAAUGAUGGAUCUUCCGGCGAAUAUCUCGAAUUUUGGAAGAGAUGAUGCGAGUUUAGUUCUUCCCGCCAAUCUUAUGGGUGGUGCUGACACUUCCUUACCCAACAUUGAUCGUUAUAAAAUGGAUCUUCCAUCGGAAAUCUAUCCGAACGAUCCAAUGCCACGUGGAAUAUCUACACCUCCAAUGAACAUGAAAUUCAAUUUGGGAGAGAAUAUUGGGAGAGACGUGGAUAGAGGUGUAAUGAAUGGAUUCGGAGCAGAGCGACAAUAUCAGGAUCCUAUGAUUGAGAUUGAACAAAACCUGGGGAAUAUUCGAUUCGAAAGUGGUAAUGAGAAAAUCAAAGCAACAAUUACAAAAUUUGAUGAAGACUAUUACGGUAAUGAAAUCUGUGCUCAGUGUCAAGCCGAGGAUGCAUAUAUGGAUCGAAUGAGACGUCAAGCAGAAGAGGAACGGAGAAAAUAUGAAGAAACUAUGAAGAGAGCAAAGAUGUAUGAAGAUUUGACAAGGGAAAAGGAAGAAACUUUUAAAAGGGAAGAAGCGGAACGGAAUAAAGCUCUUCGAGAUCAUGUCGAUCGUGUGAAUGCUGAAAUGAUUGAGAUGAAAAAGAGAAGACCUAAAUCCCCAGUACUGGAAAACUAUAUAUUCCGACACGAAUCUCCUAGAAGUCGAGAUGUUGAAGUGCGUACACGGAAGGAUGCAUACCGAGCAGAACUCGAUAGACAAGUCGAAGAGAAACGAUUGAGACGGAUUGCCGAAUUUGAGAAAAAUGAGGCGAUUGAUGCGACGAGCAAUGCGAGAGCCGCGCUGGAAUUUGCGAAUGCUCGAGAAGCGGAACGAAAAUCCAUUGAACAUGCUAAAGAAAUGGCUCGAAAACAGUUGGAAUUCCAAAUGGAAAUGAGCAGAGUCGGUGCUCCGUCGGAUAAAAAUUGGUUGUGGUGGGCUGAGAGACCAGAUGAACAUGGAUGGAGAGAUGCUCGAUUGAAGGGGUUAAAACAUACAAAUCAAGUUGAAAGGAAUCAGACUUUCAAACAAUCAAUUGGAAUGCUGGAAGAAUUUAAAGCUCGUCAAGCUCAUGAUGAUAUGGUGAUGAGAGAUAAUCGAAGAGCAAAAUAUGAUAAAUUGAGAGAUCAGUUGCAUGAAAAUUCGAAAAUGUUGUACCCAUUGACCAAAACUGAAAGCCGUCCGAUAAUUGUUCAACCGGAUCCUAGAGUUGAAGCUGCCUGGCGAGAAGCUCAUGAGAAAUACGAUCGAAAGUUUGCAGUUUUACAGGAUAACGCUAUGAAGAGCAUUUCUGGAGCAGCAUUAGAUGGAGUUGCCCAUGCUACCACCUCCUGUCGUCGUUGUGCUCGGUGUGCUCGGCCCAUGGAACGGAAGACCACCCUGUUUGUUAAUCGUGGUGAGACAAUUUUACCUCAUCAAGCUAAUUGGCACUCUUAAUUUCAUUAAAGUUUCAACAAUUUCUAGUUAUUUUUAAAAUCGAAAUAAAUAUUAUUUUUGUGUCGAUUUAAAUAAAAAAAGAAGGAAAAA